GCAGUUGCAACAGCAACAGCAGCAACAGCAACAGCAACAACAGCAACAGCAACAGCAGUUUCAACAGCAGCAGCAACAACAGCAGCAGCAACAGCAGCAUUUGCAACAGCAGCAGCAACAGCAGCAUAUACAACAACAACACUUCCAACAGCAGCUCCAGCAGCAACAACUACAGCAGAUUCACUCCCUGCAGCAUGUGCCACAAGCAGCUGCUCCAUCAAUCUCGAUGCAAUCUCUUGGCACGGCGAUUCCACCUAACCCCUUGAUGCAGCAAUCGACAGCUGCGUUUCCGCCACAGGCGGAGGAUGGAGGUCGAGACCGCGGUGCUGUGCUGGGGUCUGUGUCAGCGCAGAACCUGUCUGGAUCCUUAUCUCUCGAGGAGGUGGUGCGCAACGUGGCCAAGGAGACCGCCGAGGCGAUGAUCUCCCAGGAGUUGGCGAAGCACAAGGACCCCAGGAUCGCUUUUGAGAAAGGACCCAGUGAACUGCACAACUGCAGGUCACGAGAUAAGUCGAUCAACCCACCAGACUCGAACCAGCGCCUGCCCUCAGAGGCGGUGCUGUUGCUCCAAGGUUCAUCUGAGCUUGCAAACGAGGAGGAUAUGCUCCUGCUGAAAGAGGCGGCGUCCGCGAUCGUGCAGCUCUUGAUUGAGGAGGAGAGGAUUGAAGCUUCAAGCACUGAUUUGCCGACCUGGUCUUGUAUGAGGUGGGCGACGCUGACCAUGCGCUUGCUCGCUGACAGGCACCAACGUGCGUUGCGCGAGGGCAAGUGUUUGCUGUCGAUCAGCAGCAAAGUGUCUUUAACCCUGGCGGAGGAGCAGCUGGCCGAAUAUCUCUUUAUCAAAAGUCCUCAAUGGGCGGCCGAGUUUCCCGAACUGAAGCAAACCUGUUGUCAGCUUUUGGUGGCCCGCCUGCAAGCAGUGCCGCUGAGCAUGGGCAGGUUGCAGAAGCGCAGCCCAGGCGAGCCUCUGUGGCACGGGCUGAGCGCCAGCAGGCGGAGCCGAGUGGUGACCAGUGACAUGUACUCUUCACGCAAAAACCCCGAGGCGAGCCUCGAUUUGCGAGGGCGGCCCUUUCGGACCAUGGGCGAGCUCCCGGCCCUCGACGCGUGGGACGCCCGUGGCGUGGCGGCGCUCUUCACGCACUCGGCGGACGCGUUGCCGCCACCGCCGGGCUUCAGCUCCGAGAGCGAAGAGGACGAGACCGACGAGGAGGACUGAGGUGAACCUGUGAGGUGAAUCGAACUUUUCAUUUUUUAAAUAAUAGCUUCGCAGGUUGGGCCAUGUGUGAAC